GGUAUCAUUGGCAACAUGGUGCAAUCUGGUUGCUCUCUGUGCUGUAUACUGCACUUUGACCUCACAGGACGUUACCAGUCCAGAAGGAGUAUCGUGACAGUGAAUAGGUUCUACACAACACCAACCUCAGAGGCCUCCUGGGAUAAACAAGGAUUCAUAAUGUCUCUCCACAAAACUUUCCUGGUCUGCUUAUUACUGGCUGUUUGUGUUAACCAGGCCCAGAGUGGUAAGCCAAACGAUGGCUUACGGCUCACUACAUCCAAGGGUGGGACCCUGCAGCCUUGGCUUGUUGGUCUGGCUGCUGUAGUGGGAUUCCUCUUCAUCGUCUUCGUCAUCCUUAUUGCACAAAGGCUUUUCUUCAAGAAGGACAAAGAGGAAGAUGGUGGUUGGUAUGAGAACCCUGCUGUAGAAAUGGAAGCUGGAAAGGCCAGUGAGGUUAAACAAACCAGCCUAUAGAGAGACCACCACUUCUCCUGCACAUGCAUUUCUUUCAACUCUAUGAUUGUCAUAUCCUAUGUUUGUGCAAUUAAACAAAUUAAGAAAA